GGUUCGGUUCAUGCACUCAUGUUUCAGCAGUUGUGCAUGGUAUUAGUUAUAUUUUUAUAAGGAACAAAGCUGAGAUUGCUAAAAUUUCUGAUCUGACAGGAUCGGUAUGUAGAUAGGAAUUAGGAAACUGUACAGAAAUGUCACCAUAAUUACAUUGUCUAGGAGGCACUUGCGCAUCUAUAGAGUAGUGAGUAGUGACUGGAAUUUACCCGGUAUCGCUGUUCCCCCGGGCCCUAGUGUUUGUGGAGACAAGAGAUUUGUGCUUCAUGCAUGGGUGUACACUGAACCCUAGACAUGUCCAAAUAGAGCCGCAAACAAAGCCAUCUACCAGUAACUGUAGAGCCACUGUUCUUAUUUCAUACACAUAUUGAGUACAUAAUGUGGGGCAAGAACAAUAAACCCCACAUAUAUUUUGGCAGUUCGAGAAACAUGGCAUGUGUUUCUCCUUCUGACAGUACUGGCCUCCAAGUCGUCUCUCCCACCAGCACUUCAUCUCCUGUUGUUCAAAGCUUCCUCCCACUUGCAGCGGCGAUGCACGAGCAGCAUGAGACUCACACAAGCUCCUCAGUAUGGUCUCUCUCUCUCUCUCUCUGUCUCUCUCUUCGCAGUCCCGCUUUCAGUUUAAUACUUCCUGCAUGUGACUGCCAUUUGGACCAUAGUUUGGUUUUGUCCCUAUAGGUCAGGGUCUUGGACUGGGCCGAGCACUGUGUAGAUCAGAAGAAACUCACUUCCUCUUGCCUGCCCUUUGGGUUUCUCGGUUUGCAGCUGCCACUAUUUAACACCCUAGUAGCCACUCAUUUCUUUCUCCCAUGCACAACUUGUCUUCCCUCUCUUCCAACACCACUUCUUAGUUCCUCUCCGUCCCUGUCUGCCACCACUUCUGUCUCUCAAACUUGUCUCACUCCAACCAUAAACCCUCACUGUCUUAGGCUCUCUCUGCCAAGUAUCCAAUUCCUAAGUACAUCCGAUCACUCACAUUUGCCAUAAUGUCGAGCCGUAGGUCACGGUCAAGGCAGUCUGGCUCGUCAAGGAUCACUGACGAGCAAAUCAGCGACCUUGUCUCCAAGUUGCAGGACCUCCUUCCUGAGGCGCGUCUCCGGGGCAAUGAUAGAGUGCCGUCUUCAAGGGUGUUGCAGGAGACGUGCACCUACAUCAGGAGCUUGCACCGGGAGGUGGACGACCUGAGCGAGAGGCUGUCGGAGCUGCUGGCGACCUCGGACAUGAGCAGCGCGCAGGCGGCAAUCAUCCGCAGCUUGCUGAUGUAGAGCCGGCUCCCAUGCAGUGCGCAGGCGCCUCGUCGCUGUCUUGCUGAGCGCACAAGCCUGAAUUUGAGCGUUUGUAGCCUAGGGAACGAUCUUUAAUUAGUACCGGACUUGCAGGUUACCUACUUAAUCCGCGUGUGUACGCUGUCGUCGUGUCAUCGUCUUAAUCAGGCCCAUCUUUUUUGUGUGUGUACUUAAAUCAAAGCUCGUCGUGGUUCGUGCAAAUUUUGCUCGUGUCUCA